GCAUCACUCAAAGAUGCAGUGCUAUGAAGAACCACUUUUCCCAGCCAGUAUGCGUGUGCUAUGUCCCCUUCAACCUGAUGAAGAUGAUCUACCAGGAUGAAUGGCAUCUGCUCAAAGUGUUCAACUUGAGAAGGAUCACAGCUGGAUUCCUGGGUAUAACUGCAGCUGUUCUUCUCUGCAGGUGCAUUGUGGCAGCAGUCAGCUUCUUUUGGGAGGAAAGUCUCACCCAGCCCGUUGCAGGUUUGCUGUUCCUGACCACAAGUAAUGCGUUUAUUUGCACUAUAUCUCUGUGCACUUAUGCAGCCAGCAUAUCAUAUGACCUAAACCACCUCCCCACAUUUGUCUAUAAUCUUCCUGAUGAUGUAAAGCACAGGUACAGCUGGUCUGUAUUUUGUGCUUGGUGCAGUCUGGGAUUUACAGUAGCAGUCAGGUGUCUUUGCUCAGCGUUA